GAAAAGACUGUUAGCUAUUGCUUUGCGUCGCAAAUUCAUACUUGAAUAACUGUUCUAAGUGUUGACACUAGCUGUUGACAUUGUUAACAAGUCAUUCAACUAGUGCCUGUGGGGGACAGCUAUUUUGAAAUUAGCAAGAUAACAUUGCAGCCACAUCGAUUGGAUCAGAUACCUGAAUAAAGAUAGGUUAAGAUUUCUACCAACAAGAAGAAGUUGCUCGAUACUUUGCCUACCACAAGUAAUCUAUUAUAGAUAAAAACAUGGAUAUUGAUCUUCGAAAUAAUCUGCUGGGUUGUUAUGUUCAAUGUGAAUUACCGACCUCAAAAUUGAAUGAGAGAUUUCGAUAUUCCAAGCCUACCGCUGCAUGGUCUCCUAUGGAUCUAGAAUUAGCAUCUAUCGAAUUAGUCCAACAGAAUGAAAAGAGUACAUGGAGCUUACGCGUGACUAGGCCAAUGGAAUAUCCGAAGCUUCCGAGAACAGUCAAUUACGUAGACUAUUUGUCUUUUGUUAUUUCGAAACAGACAAAAAAUGAACAUUUUAUAUUUUAUCAUGCAAUGUUGAGCGACAACGAUAAAAAAUCGGUGCUAGCGUCAGCAACUGGAUUCACAGACUCGAGCAGUACCAUAUUCAGUAAUGUUCAUUUUGAUGUUUUGAAAACGUUUAUAUGUGACAUUGGUUGUCUUUAUAUACAUUUGUAUUUAAUAGAUAAUUUUGUGUCAGUCGAUGAUUUGAUCCUAUUGAAACCUCCAGCAAGCUCCGGAGAGCUAGAUAUUUUACAAGAAAAUUAUUGCUGUAGCUUUAGCAAGGAUCUUUUUGAUAUGUUUAAUAGCGAAUUGUUAACAGAUGCCGUUAUCAUUGCAAAAGAUAAAGAAUUUAAAAUUCAUAAAGCUAUCGUUGGUGCUAGAAGUAGUCGUUUUGCUACUUUAUUCAAAACUAAUUCGUCAAACUGCAUAUAUCUGAAAGACGACCGUGAUCAGCCCAUUAAUCCUAGAGUUGCUAAUAGUUUUAUCAAGUACGCGUACACAGGCGCUGUUGAUAAUAUUGAGCAGUACGUUAUCGAAUUAUACGAAUUAGGUCAUAUGUAUGUUAUGAGUGCGUUACAGUCAACAUGUAUAUCGUAUUUGAAGCGUGUUGUGAAUGUAGAUAAUACCAUAACUAUAUUAUUGUUGGCAAAAAAAUAUGGUAUCAAGAGGCUGUACAAUCCUAUUUCCACAGUUUUCAAAACGCGCGCUAAGGAAAUAUUUGAUAGCAAUAGCUUUAAUGCGUUUAUGUCGUUAAUUUCAUCUUAGUAUCUUAUUUUCAGAUCAUCAUCAAGAUGGAUCAAAUAAACGUUAUUGAUAGUCAAGAUCAAAUCAGACAGUUUGGAACUCGUUGCUCUUUGAUUCUCGAUCAAUUAUCAUUGCGAAACUACCCAUAUGAAACUGCGUCUCACUUAUUUUGCACGAUAAGUAAGACGGGCAUUGAAUAUAGAUUCGUGGUAAAAGCUUACAAAGAUGAAUGUUAUAAGCUACAGAUCGAUUUUCUUGGCGACUAUGACGAUGAAGACUUUACAAAUUUAAAAUUUUGUUACGCGAUUUGCGAUAAAGUAGGUAAAGUAGUUCAUCGUUCUGAUCGCACUGAAUCAUUCAAUGUGUCUCGAAAAUAUUCCGGCUUUUUAAUGUCAUACGAAAAUUUGAAAAACUGGACAUUCGGUUAUACUUCGCCGCUUAUAUUAGUUUUCUACAUUAUCAACCACGAGCCUCUGCUGGAAAAAUCUGGCGUUUUAACUGGCGUUAAAACGGGCUUGCCUACGAGUCACUUACACUCCUCGACCGAAUGUCCAUUAUCAAAUGAUCUAUCAAAUUUAUACGAGAAAGGCGAUCUCAGUGACUUCACCAUUGUCGCGGAAGGUAAGACCUUUAACGUUCAUAAAUGCGUUCUUGCUGCGAGAAGCAUAGUAUUCAGAAAACACAUUGAAGAAAAUAUUGAUCACGAAAGUAUGACGCUAAACCUUAAAAGCGAUAUUGUCGAGGAAAUGCUGCGAUUUAUUUACACUAAUACUGUACACAAAUUAGAGGAGCUAGUAUACGAUUUGUACAAUGUAGCAAAAGAGCAUCAUUUACAAGAACUCCGAAGUAAAUGUAUAUCUUACAUGGUGGAAGCCGUCACUGUAGAUAACGCCAUGAAGUUAAUAUAUUUUGCAAAGAAACACGAUGAAAAGAUUUUACAAGCGAAAAUCACUGAUUAUUUUAUGAAAAAUGUCGAUGAAAUUUUAGUAAGCAAAGGAACUGAUGAAUUUUUGAAACCGCUUCUUCAAUGUAAAUUGAGUUUGAAUUCUUUUGAAAGUCUAGCUAAGGAUUAAAAUAAUUGUAUUUGCGUUCGAUAUUUAAGAGAAUUACUAGUAUACAUACUAGUGAAACGUUAACUUUUGAAAUGUAUUUUGAAAUGUAUUUCAUAAAAUUAUAAAUCAAUUAAAAAUAAUAAAGGUCUCGCUUUUGGUUGUAGUACAAACUUACAGCUAUUACAUAGCGUU